GUACUCUGGUGUGAUUGUUAUUCAAGAUGGCGAACGUGUACGACCUGUUUACGAAUUUGAUGUUUGUGUGUCUUCUGAUGCCUUUAGUUGUUUGGGCCGCUAGUGCAGAUCCUUUACAAGUGGAUUAUCCGAGUGUUAUUGUCCACGCUAAAGCUGAUGGAAACUUCACUAUGUUGUCUGGUUUCAAUGGUGACAUUAAACUGAUUCCCGGGGUCAACAAUACCGGAAACGUUUACUUUGAAGGCGAAGACCUCCUAUAUCUGUUCGAGGUCAUUCUGAGUCAGCCCCCAAUAUGGUCAGAACAUUCACCGUUCGGACACCUUGGAGAUUUCCAUGGAGGCGAGCGAGUAUUCGUUCAGUUGGAAGCGCUGGAUCCAGAAGGAGGUCAAGUGACGUAUUCGGUGGUUGCGGGAGAUCUUCCCCCGGGAAUAACACUUGAUUCCACAUUAGGACAAGUAAAGGGUCUAGCUCCUGACGCUGACACAACUUACAGCUUCACUGUCCGCGCUACUGAUUACCAGAGCAAAUACGCCGACAACGUGUUGCAGAUGAAGGUCAGAGGCAUUGAUUCGUGUACGAGUACUACCUGUCUGCAUGAAGGGAUAUGUCAGGACACGAAGAAUGACUUUCACUGUAACUGUAUACACCCGUAUGGAGGCAAAACCUGCAGCCUGGAUUGUCGAAAUAACGGACUAGGAGUAGACGGGCGUCACAAGGUGGUACCAGAUGCCCACAUGUCAGCAUACAAAUCAUACAGUACCUACCUGGCACUAAAUGGACGCCUGUACGGGUCUGGGUGGUAUGGAGUGGACAGUCAGUCAUGGCUACAGGUCGACUUUGGAAACGUAACUCAAAUCCAUGGUGUACAGAUUCAAGGAUGUAGCAGCUACUACUAUACAACGGCAUUCAACCUACAGUUUAGUGUUGAUGGUAAUUCCUUCACUAACUACACCACCGACGGCGUCAGUCCCAAGAGCUUCCCUGGUUACGGGAACACCAACAGUGUAUACAAGUCGUCGUUAGCCCAACCUGUGGACGCAAGGUACGUCCGGUUUGUGCCUACCAACUGGAACCGCUCCUACAAGCCUUGUAUGCGGGUAGAACUUCUGGGAUGUUACUACCUUUAGUUUGGACAUUUUGCAUGUGUUUAUGUUUCGAGGCAAUAAACUUGUGUU